AUGUCACUUAGUGUUCUGAGCAGGAAGGAGAAGGAGAGGGUGAUUCAGCGGCUCUUGAUGCAGGCUCCUCCGGGGGAGUUCGUCAACAUGUUCGACAACCUGUGUCUGCUGAUCCGCGACGAGAAGCUCAUGCACCAGCAGGGCGAGUGCGCGGGCCACCGGCACUGCCAGAAGUACUGCGUGCCGCUGUGCCUGGACGGGAACCCGGUCCUGCUCACGCACCACAACGUGCUGGGCGACAGCUGGUACUUCGACUGCCAGAGCAAGCUUUCCUUCAAGUUCGACCUGCUUCAGAACCAGCUGCGGGACAUCCGGAGCCACGGCAUCAUCCGGAACGAGACGGAGUACCUGCGGACGGUGGUGCUGUGCGCCCUGAGGCUGUACACCAGCGACCACUACCCGGCCGGCCACUGCAACGUGCUGCGGAAGACGCUGCGCGGCCGCGAGUUCCUGCUGGCCUGCAUCGAAGACCACAGCUACGGCGCCGGCCAGUGCUGGAACGGCGUGUGGGUCUCCAAGUGGCUCUUCCAGGUGAACCCCUUCCUGACGCAGGUCUCCGGCAGGAUCUUCGUGCAAGCGCACUUCUUCCGGUGCGUCAACCUGCACCUCGAAAUCUCCAAGGACCUGAAGGAGAGCCUGGAGGUCGUUAACCAAGCGCAGCUGGCGCUCAGUUUUGCAAGGCUGGUGGAGGAGCAGGAGAACCUCUUUCAAACGGCCGUCCUGGACGAGCUGCAGGAGCUGUCCCAGGAGACCCUGAAAAGGGUCCUCAGGAGGGACCUGCCCGUGACCCGCACGCUCAUCGACUGGCAGAGAAUAAUCUCGGACUUGAAGCUGGUGAUGUACCCCAAGCUAGGAUACGUCAUUUACUCCAGGAGCAUGCUGUGCAACUGGAUAAUAUAA